UGCACGGAAGGUUUCUCCGAAUGCACAUUAAAAUGUAACAACUGUACGGUGUUACAAUUUAAUGCUCUCGGCUUUAGUUAUAAUUUUCAAUGUUUGAUAAUGGACAGCAGACCCAAUCGGGGACGCGGAGGACAUUGGAAAAGAGGAGGUGGAGGUGGAGGUGACACCGGCACCUCAGGUGAACACAGGGGUCGCGGAAGAGGCGGCCACCAUCGCGGAAGGGGAAAGAGGGACCAUUACAGAGGCAGAGGGCAGUAUCAUGGACCUCCUGCAGACUUUCGACGAAAUCAAGAUGAUCAUGAUGACAAAGUAAACCUUGAGGAAGAGGAGGACAGAACCACCUUCACUAGAAGAAAGCUCGAGUCCAAUUGGGACCGUUAUGAGGAAUCGGAGAAACAAGAAAUCAAUGAAGAUGUUCCUACACAGAGAGGAACAGACUAUCAUGUCCUCCUCACUUCAGCUGGCGACUCUUACACACAGUUCAGAUUCUCAGAUGAGAAAGACUGGGAGAUGGACACGCUGGCAAAAAAUCAGAUUCCAGCUCUGUUUAUAGAUCUGACAGCUCUGACUCAGUCACUUGAAGAGCUUCCACUCCACACAAGACUUAACCUGGAGGCUGAACUUGUUCAGGUGACUCCUGUUCAACUGCCAUCUGUGACAGCACCUCACAAAACAGACAUAACUGUAGCAGGUGGACUGAAGGCUCCUCAGGUGAGCCGCGACUCGGGGCUGGCCGUAAAGUCUGGUCCAGGUUUAACCUCAGCCCCCUUGGUCUCGAUAGAUGUCGAGCCUCCCACAGAUGAUGUUGACGCGGAGCUCGACCUUCUCCUCAACCUGACUAAGCCUGUUACACAAUUUGCUUCAUCGGAAUAUAAGACUAUAAUGGAUGAAAUCCUAAACAACCCAGUGACAGCUGCACUGGAAGAAAAGAAAGAAAAAAUUGCUGAUGCAAAAGAAACAAAGCCAGAAGUGAAGGAAGAAUCUGAAUCCACGAGACGGGAACUGACAGAGGAAGAUCUGGAGGACUGGUUGGACAGCAUCAUUUCCUGACCUGAGAACUUUCCGUGGCAUAAAGUGAUGCGUCUAUUACUGACACCAUUGACUGACACAAGUGUCACGGAUAAAAUAAGCAGAUACGCUAACGCUGACAUAGCUUUACCUCGGUGUAGAUGCUGCCGUAGUCCAUCAAAUAAACACAAGACUGCUUCAGUCA